AAACUUAUUUUCAUUAAAAACACGUGACAAAUGAAUUUUUUACGCGCGAAAUUAUUUCAACCCAUUUCUUCUGUUCCUAUUUCAUUACCAACAGCAACAGCUUUUCUUUCUGCUCGUUCGUAUAAACAACCUUUUUCAGCUUCAUACGCUACACUUAAUCAAGUAAUGCGUGGAAUACGAAAGCCCGGAACUAAACUUUCAAAAUCACCCGCUUUGGAAGGAAAUUUUCAAAAGAAAGGAGUUUGUAAUAAAAUUUACACCACAAAACCAAAGAAGCCAAAUUCUGCUUCACGUAAAGUUGCUCGUGUUAAACUUUCCACUGGCAAAUUUGUGACAGCAUAUAUACCGGGAGAAGGUCAUAACUUGAGUGAGCAUUGUGUUGUUCUUGUGCGAGGCGGACGUGUUAAAGAUUUGCCCGGUGUUAGAUAUCAUCUUAUUAGGGGAGCUUAUGAUUUUGCUGGUGUACCAAAUAGAACUACUUCUCGCUCAAAAUACGGAACAAAAAAACCAAAAGCAACCACUAAAUAAAAUUAUUAACGGUAACUACCUAAUCUAGGUAAUUUAGGUUUUACGUUGGCGCAGUUAAAUUAUUAAAUACUGUAUAAAAGAGAUCAUCAGAGAUUCAAAAAAAAACGGAAUUUUUUUUUUUUUUUCCUAUCUUUAUCAUGUCAUCAAAUUUAAUAAAACCUUCAAUUCUCUCACAUUCCCCAAAAAGUUUUAUUUCGGUUCUGAAGUCUCACGGAAUUACUAAAUUU